UCUUGAGACUUCUCUGCCGCUGCUGACUCUCCCGACUGCCUGUUGCUAAUUUGGCACUCGGGCUCCUGGCGUGAAAACUCGUGGAUGCUGCUCGUAUUCCCAGCUGUUUGGAUCUUUUACCUUGCAGACUUGAGACAUACCAGAGUUUUCUUUAGAUAGCUAUUGUAUCGCUUGCUGGAAUCAUCUCUUCUUCUUAUAAUCAUCCAAAAGAUUUUUCCUCUCUACUUCAACUGUGCAAAUAGAUGCAAAGAUAAUGGCACUGCACCCACGGAGAGUUCGUUUGAAACCCUGGCUGGUAGCGCAGGUAGACAGUGGUCUGUACCCAGGCCUUGUCUGGCUAAAUCGGGAAGUGAAGCGAUUUCAGAUCCCCUGGAAGCAUGCAACACGACACAGUCCUCAGCACGAAGAGGAGAACACCAUCUUUAAGGCAUGGGCCGUGGAAACGGGAAAGUAUCAGGAAGGAGUCGAUGAGCCAGACCCUGCAAAAUGGAAAGCCCAGCUCCGAUGUGCUCUCAACAAAAGCCGGGAAUUCAACUUGAUGUACGAUGGAACCAAAGAGGUGCCCAUGAACCCUAUUAAAAUUUACGAAGUGUGCGAUAUCCCGCAGUCCCAGGGAUCAAUCAUUAAUCCAGGGUCCACUGGCUCUGCUCCAUGGGAUGAGAAAGAUAAUGACUUUGAUGAUGAGGAAGAAGAAGAAUUAAAUCCACCUCAGCAUAUCCCCAUACAGGACACUUUUCCGUUUCUUAAUAUUAAUGAUUCCCCGAUGGCUCCAGCCAGUGUAGAAAGUUGCAGCACUGAAGCGGCGUGGUCCAAGAAUGAACCGGUAGAUAUGGAGAUGCCCCCAAGUACUCUGCAGCAUGACUUCUUCAGCUCCCCUGAGCUCUGGAUUAGCUCUCUCCCAAUGACAGAUCUAGAAAUCAAGUUUGAAUAUCGAGGAAAAGAGACUGGGCCAACCUCAACUGUCAGCAAUCCCCAGGGAUGCAGGCUGUUCUACGGAGAAUUGGGUCCUAUGCCAGACCAGGAAGAGCUGUUUGGACCUAUUAGUCUGGAGCAAGUAAAGUUUCCAGGAACAGAACAGAUCACCAAUGAAAAGCAAAAGAUUUUCACAAGUCGGCUGCUAGAUGUCAUGGACAGGGGACUGAUUCUGGAGGUCAGUGGCCAUGCCAUCUAUGCCAUCCGGCUAUGUCAGUGCAAGGUGUACUGGUCUGGACCAUGUGCCCCUUCGUCCACCACACCAAACCUGAUUGAGAGGCAAAAGAAAGUCAAACUCUUCUGUCUGGAAACAUUUCUAAGUGAGCUGAUUGCUCAUCAGAAAGGACAGAUGGAAAAACAGCCCCCCUUUGAGAUCUACUUCUGUUUUGGGGAAGAAUGGCCGGACGGAAAACCUAGAGAGAGAAAGCUGAUUGUGGUGCAGGUCAUUCCAGUUGUAGCUCGGAUGAUUUACGAAAUGUUUUCAGGCGACUUCACACGUUCCUUCGACAGCGGCAGCGUGCGGCUUCAGAUCUCCACACCAGAUAUUAAAGACAACAUCGUUGCCCAUUUGAAACAGCUGUACCGCCUCCUGCAGACCCACCAAGAUACCUGGCCAAUGCCGGCCCCAAAUAUGCAGAUUGCUCAACCGCUUCCAGCACAAUGACACGUUUGGUCUCCGGCUUAUAGCUGCUUUACGCCCCCGUUUCUUAACUGUACAUAUCAAAGGAGAAUCUUAAUUUGUGCCUUGCCUGUAUUACAAUGAAACCUGUGAAAAUCCUGUAUGCAGAUGGUCAGAUUUCAACACUAGAUGGAAUUCACUUUUUGGAAGUCUAAAUUGAAAAGCUUUAGGGGCGGCAUCUUUAGUUACUGUCUCUCUCUCUCUCAUCUCACAGUAGAUUGCUUGUGCAAUCUACUAUGUAUGUAUCUCAUUUUGUAUUAUUUCAUUAAAACUCCUAUAUUGGCAGGCUGUGUAUAACUACUAGAUCAAUGUAAACAAAUUUUAAUUCUCUUAAGUGUCUGUCAAGCGAUUUUCUACUUUCCAUUAAACUGCUUUGAGAAAUAAAAUGAGAGAGAAA